AUGACUCAGAAAGAACUUAAUUUGAGGCAAAAGAGAUGGGUUGAAUUCUUAAAAGAUUAUGAUAUGAUAAUUGAUUAUCACCCCGGGAAGGCUAACGUGGUAGCUGAUGCCUUGAGCAGGAAAACAUUUUCAAAACUAGAAAACGACACCGUUUUUCCGAGUUUGGAUUUCCGUUCUAGGGCUUCCCCAUUUUCUCAUUCUCCCACCAUCGAAGAAAAGAGCUUACACCGUCGAAACCAUUGGCGACGACCGGACAGCCAAAAGCAACAACACCAGCAGCAACAGAACAAAUCGACAGAGAAGAGAAAGCCAGUGUUCGUAAAAGUGGACCAAUUAAAUCCAGGGACCAAUGGCCAUACCGUAAUCGCCAAGGUCUUGUCUUCCAAUACGGUCCUUCAAAAAGGCCGACCCGCUUCUCAACAUCUUCGACAAACCCGAAUCGCCGAGUGCCUUUUCAGAGACGAGAACGGCGCCAUCCUCUUCACUGCUCGUAACGAUCAAGUUGAGUUGAUGAGGCCUGGAACCACUGUAAUUCUUCGUAAUGCAAAGAUCGAUAUGUUUAAGGGUUCCAUGAGGUUGGCUGUCGACAAAUGGGGCCGUAUCGAGGUCACCGACCCUGCUAACUUUGUUGUCAAGGAAGAUAACAAUCUAUCUCUCAUUUGAAUAUACGGCCAAGCGAUUUAAUCGAUCUGGGUUUAGUCUUCGCCCCGGUUGAAGAUGCUGUUCGUGAGACUCGUACAGUUUGGCGAGAAGUUAUACA